AUGAAUUCUGUUACAGUUAGUUACAACUACACUCCUCUGACUGCACAAUGCUAGAGACCCUCAAAAGCAAAGAUCUUUGUAUUUUAUACUUUGACCAUUAUAUAUUAGUGUCUUCAAUGUACUGAUAUAUCUGCUGUUCGUUAUCACCAUGUCUACGCGCCCAGACGACCAUCGUCGAAAAUGGAACAGAGAAGAGUAUGAACGAAUAGCAUUGCAAAGGCUUCAGGAUGAAAUCGCCGAAGAGGAUUUGGGAAUCCCCAAGCAGCCAGCAGUUAAAAGGGAGUUGCUCAAACAGCGUGACUAUAAAGUAGAUCUUGAAUCAAAACUUGGAAAGAGCGUUGUGAUAAACAAAAAUACACCGUCUUCACAGACAGGAGGAUACUAUUGCAAUGUUUGCGAUUGUGUUGUCAAGGAUUCUAUUAACUUUUUGGACCACAUUAAUGGCACCAAACAUCAGCGUAACUUGGGCAUGUCCAUGAAGAUUGAACGGUCAACGUUAGAUCAAGUUAAAGCAAGGUUUGCUCACAACAAGAAAAAAAUGGAGGAAAAAAAGAAAGACUAUGAUCUCGAACAACGAGUUAAAGAAUUGAAAGAAGAGGAAGAAAAAAUUAAAGAAUACAGAAAAGAGAAAAGGAAAGACCGAAAGCGGAGGUUGGAAGAGACUAGCGAAGAUGAUGCUGGUCCCAGUGAUGAAAUGGCUGCAGUUAUGGGAUUUUCGGGAUUUGGAUCCAAAAAAAAGUGAGAAUAUCAGAUAUUUGAUAUAGAUAACUUUGUGUUUAAACUAUUCGCUGAAAACAGAGUCACCUGUACUUCAAAUCAAUUGUAACAGUGUCUCACCUUUCACGCAAUUCCUGCGUGCCUCAAAGGCCAGAUUUAAGUUUUAUUUCAUGUUAAGGCUUACAUAAUACGUGAUUUAUAAUUGCCACCCAACUAAUUAUUUUAAUGAUUUCUUAACCAGAAUUUUUAUGUCGAAUAUCAGUGUAGUUUUCAUUAAAUUCGAAUAUGAAUUGCUGAA